AUGGCCUUUCCACAUAUCCUGGGUGUGGCUCUUGGCUCCAACGAACCUCCCAGAAUGCGGUCCUUUGCCUACAACUUUGGCAUCCGCCCCGAGGAGGCGUCAACCACGCAUUGCUUUCUUGGGGAUCUCAUCUCAGAGGAAGACCUUAGCUUCUUUUCAGGAGUGUACUUUUCAAUAUUGGGUCCCAUCGGCGAUGUGAUGGACCCUAGAAUUUAUGCCCAGCGAUGCAGGGAUUAUUAUCAUAGUUCCGGAAGCAAUGCGGUUGCCUUUGCCGCCCUGGCCGCUGGUGUGGCCGCUCUCGGGUCAUUUUGGUCUCCCAAUAGACAUCCGCGAGAGUCUGACCUGGUGCAGUACGCCAAAGCCAUUCUUGAUGACCCGGCCCCCAUGCGAUUGCAUGGCAUCGAUCAUAUAGUCGCGUGGGGCAUGCGAGUGUUUUACCUUCGCGCCACAACCCGUCCUAGCAAUGCCUGGAUCGCUUCAUGCACCCAAAUGCACCUGUGUGAAGCGAUAGGACUGCACGAGGAAGAAAACAUCCAGAAGAUGGCCUCCAUUGCAGGCGCCGCGGCAUUCGGACAUGAUGCUGACCGACUGAGGAGGAUCUUUUGGAUCUCAUGGGCUGGGCAUAACAUGCUUUCUUAUGAGUACGAUCGUUCACCUGUCCAAUUUCGGACCGUGACUUGCCAGUCUAUCAUCCCGGUAUCUGGCUCCGUCGCCGACCAAUUUGUGCAAUUAACCCAAAUUAUACCAUCGCCUAACUCUCCGUUUCAACUUGAAUGGCAACCCACAAGUCCGAACGAGGAGCUAAUUGAGCGGCUCAAGGUGUUAGGUGCCUUCCAAGCUAUGCAUUCGUUCCUAGUGGUAACCAAGGCGGAAAUCGCGUUCUGCUUCUAUCGUCACCUUUACCAGCUCAAAGUCCACAUACCGGACGAGAUAAUCAAGUUCAUCAUUGAUAACGGCAAUGCUGCAUUAGAGGCAGCCGAGCUGCAGGCAAAUCAAGGACGUCUGUUUUGGAACGUGAUCAGCAGCGUCUUUCAAUAUGCCUGCAUCCUGUUGGCCAUCGACACGCCGGCCGCCUCUGGUCACAUCAACGUCACCUUUAAAAGCUUAGAGAACCUUGUCAAGGCUGCUGAUACGGAGUUGACACGUGAGGCGUUGUCGAUGGCGCGGCAUCUACUCAGUCUUAAUAUCGCGAAGAAACGAAAGGAACUUGCUCAGUUGGAAGCUAUCGAGACUAACUAUCAAUACUUCCCGGGGCAACGAGAAUCUGAAACCAACAUUACUGUGCCGGAGACGAACUGGGAGCUAGACUGGGACCAGAUCUUUAUUGAGCCAUAUCUUUCGAUGCUCGGUCCUGACAUCCAGCUGUAG